AUUCCCCUUCACUUCCCCUUUUCCUCAGACCAUUCACUUUCGAUUUUUGAUCUCUUUGUCGAGUUUCAGUUGAUGGGUUUGCAUCAUUGGUAUCUAUCUCUUCUGGGUUUCCCUUACUUUUUGAUUCUGGCUCUCUCUGUUUUUUGCUUCAAUUUCCUUUCCGACUUUCUCGCCAAGGAAGAAGAGAAAACAGUUCGCAACUUGUCUGAUUCGAGUCUGGAUUCCUCUGGAACUUGGCGUGAACGCCUUGUAUUUAUUUCCUUUGGUGCAUAUUUCUUGGGUUAUUUCUCAAUUUUCUCAGGCUCUCUUUGAAGUUCAAACUCUUCGAUGAUUUUGCGCUUUUGCAGCUUGCUUGUAGCUGUUCAUCAAAUUGGUUGAUUUUCUACUAUCUGGCUUUGAUCAUACUGCAACUUGUAUCUUUCUUCAAGGAGCUGUGAUUUUUUGGCAAUGGAGGGGAAAGAAGACACAUACUCCCCUAAUGGGGUUCUUGAGGACUACUUUAGGACUGUAGAAUCUGAAACAAUCUCUUCAAAAGCAAGCACAUCUGAAUUUGAAGUUCAACCAAACUCCAAAUCUGCAUCUCGAUGGCAUGGUUUGGUGCGGCUACUGAAAUUUAGAUCAAAAAGGUCCUUAGCCACCUUACAUCCUGGUAGUGUCCUGAAACUGUCCAGGAGGCUUAGCAGAAGCAUGAGAGAAUACAUCAGCACUGUGACGAAUCCUCUUGUCGAUGCUGAUUUAAACUAUUUUAGGCCUCAGUGGAAGAUCUUCACCCUCUCUGAACUCCAAUCAGCAAGCAACUGUUUCAGCCAAGAGAAUUUGAUUGGGAAGGGUGGGUAUGCUGAAGUUUACAAGGGCCAGUUGCGAGAUGGGCAGCUUAUAGCGAUUAAACGGAUCACGCGUGGACCACCUGAAGAGAGAAUUGGGGACUUCUUAUCUGAGCUUGGGAUUAUGGCCCAUGUCAAUCAUCCAAAUACUACUAAAUUGAUCGGCUGUGGAGUGGAAGGUGGAAUGUACCUUGUUCUGGAGUUCUCCCCACAUGGAAGCUUAGCUGCUCUGCUUCAUCAUGGUUUGAAGGAGAAGCUGGAUUGGAGUAUUCGGUAUAAGGUAGCGUUGGGAACAGCUGAAGGUCUGUUGUACCUUCAUGAGGGUUGUCGGAGGAGAAUAAUUCACAGAGACAUCAAGGCUGCAAAUAUUUUGCUGACGGAACACUUUGAACCUCAGAUCUGUGACUUUGGGCUUGCGAAAUGGCUGCCAGAGCAAUGGACUCACCAUACCGUGUCAAAAUUUGAAGGCACCUUCGGCUAUCUUGCUCCAGAGUAUCUAAUGCACGGCAUAGUAGAUGAAAAAACCGAUGUUUUUGCCUUCGGGGUGUUGCUGUUGGAACUCAUCACUGGACAUCGAGCACUGGACUACUCGAAGCAGAGCCUCGUCAUCUGGGCAAAACCCUUGAUCAAAAAGAACAAGAUCAGGGAACUUGUGGAUCCUUCUCUUGGCGAUGACUACAACCGACUGCAAAUGAACCUCGUCAUCUUGACUGCUUCUUUAUGCAUACAACAAACCUCCCUUCAACGACCUCGGAUGAGACAGGUUGUGCAGCUUCUAAAGGGCAGCCAUGGCAGCCUGGAGCUGGUGAAGAAAUAUCAGAAGCCUUCGUUUUGGAAGCGGUACUAUGUGGAGCUUUUCUCGGCAGAAGAAUACGGCGGAGCAAGGGACUUAAAUGGCGUUCACCCCCAUAAACAGCCGUCUCUGGAAGCUUGAAUUUCUUCUACUCCAAAGAGAGACCGGAAGGAGAAAGGGUUCAGAUUGCAUCAAAGAACGAAAGCAGUUGACCGUAACGGGCAAAACUAUAAGUCUUAUCUAAACGUUUAAACUUGUAAAUAAUAAGAUCAAACGUUAUCCUUUUUAUUAGUAGAUACUCAAAUUAUUUGAUACGAGGUUUCACAAUAUUUAAUGUAACUGUGAUAAUAGGUCGUUAUGUCUUUAGAGUUUAUUUUUCAUUAAUUGCCAUUUACUUGUAAUUUGAAUACGAGACAGCAUCAAAUUAUUAGUGUAAUUGAGUCU